AUGCGUUCCGUCAUAUUGUUCUUAGGCUUUAGCCUCCUCACAUUUACUGCGGCAGUCCUCCUCGUUAUUAGUUGCCAUCUUGGAGCUGUUGCUUUGCCUUUGGUCGUCCGCGAAGCUUCUUCUGUGGAGACAACAGCAUCCUUACAACUAAAGGUUCGAGCAGACAGCUAUAAUUCUUCUUCUCAGGCGAGCACCCAACACGGCCAUACCGUCGGUACUCUGGAGUGGUUCGAAGCCGGAUUCAUCCUACUCCCGCAGCGUGGUCGGAAAAAAAUCUAA